CAUUGCAUGCAUGCACUGGCUGCGUGCUGCAUGCGCAGCCGUGCAUUAGCACUAAAACCCAUCAUCCCCUGUCAUGAUAAAACACGAAAUCGUUAAAAAUGGACGUGAAUGUUCCGGAUGUUGUACUUGUAUUCAGUGGCAAGCGGAAAUCGGGGAAAGAUUUUACAACUGAUAUUUUACUAGAGCGAUUGGGUGCAGAUUUGUGCGUAAUACUGAGACUCUCUGGACCACUCAAAUUUCAAUAUGCGAAGGAAAACAAUUUGGACUUCAAUAAGUUACUUGAUGCCACCAGUUACAAGGAGAACCACAGGGCAAAGAUGAUCAAGUGGGGUGAGGAGCAACGCCAGAAAAACCCAGCAUACUUCUGUGGUUUGGCUAUCGAAGAUGCAUCACCAAACCACAAAGUAUGGAUCAUCAGUGACGCUAGGAGGCAAACUGAUGUGGAGUUUUUCAAAGAGAAUUACCCCAAGCAGACUGUCACUGUAAGAGUGACUGCAGAUGACAGUGUCAGAUUGGCGCGAGGAUUUGCUCAUACCAAAGGUGUUGAUGAUGCAGAGUCUGAAUGUGGCUUAGACCAGGGAGUAACUUGGGACUUCAUCGUCUCCAAUAAUGGUAACAUGGCUGAACUUGAACCCCAACUUGCCAAAAUUAUUGACCAUAUACGAGAAAUGUUAUGCAAAAAGUAGUGACUGCUAAUGAUGUUGGCCAUUUUAGUAUUUAUUGAUUCAUUUUUAUAUCAUCAUUUGUAAUGAACUUUAAAAAAAAAAUUAUGUUCACAUUUUCAGGGAGCAAUGCUAAUGUACAGGGUGAGUCAAAAAAAGCGGAACCCAAACCCCAUAUAGUAUAUUUCAUAUU